AUGCAUGACUUGGAUGAGACAUGGCAAGCUGAUCUGGUGGAGAUGCAGCCUUACGCACAAGAGAACAAAAGCUACAAGUACCUUCUAACGGUUAUCGAUGUCUUCUCAAAGUACGCUUGGGCCAUACCUUUAAAGCAAAAAACGGGAAACAAAGUUACAGCAUCCAUGAAAUCUAUUCUUGAGCAGGGUCGUGUACCAAAGAACUUGCAUACCGAUCGAGGCAAAGAAUUUUACAACUUAUUGUUUGAAGGUCUUAUGAAGCGGUAUGGCAUUGAUAUCUACUCAACAUACAGCAACCGCAAAACUUCUACUGUUAGCGCUUCAACCGCUCGCUCAAAAACAAGAUGUGGAAGCAAUUUAGUUUGCAAUUACAAAUGGCUUGAUCUUUUACCUGAUUUACUGGCAGAGUACAAUAACAGCAAGCAUCGCACUAUCGGUAUGAAAUCUGAAGAUAUCAGCAAGAAGAAUAAAAUUAAGUCCUUUAACGUUUCUCUCACCAAAAAAAAACAGAAAUAA